AAAGUUAAUUGUUUAUAUAUUAUAGUGUAAUCUGUAAGCUGUGAGAAUGGACACACAAGAACCAGGAUAUUUGUAUGUAUGUUCAAUUGUAUGGACAAAUAGUCAGUAUAAUAAUUGAAUAAAUAAUUUAUAGAGAAAAAAGUUUACAUUUUAGUAUAUAAAUAUUCUAAACUAUUUAGAUUGUUUAUUUAUAUGAUGAUAAUGAUUCAGUACAAUAUUUACUUAUUACAAUAUUACAUAAUAAUUUUACUAAGUUAUACUUUCAAUGAAAUUGAUGCUAAACAACAUAAACGUAUGUACCAACCUCUCUCGUUGGAACUAAUCCAUUAUAUCAAUUAUGAGGCCAAUACGACUUGGAAAGCUGCUCCUACUACAAGAUUUAGGACAGUAUCUGAUAUUCGUAGAAUGUUAGGUACACUUCCAGAUCCAAAUAAUGAACAACUAGAGACUUUAUGUGCUGGUUACACAUCAGAUGAAUUACCCAAGAGCUUUGAUGCGAGGGUAGAAUGGCCACAUUGUCCUUCUAUCUCUGAAAUACGUGACCAGUCAUCUUGUGGUUCUUGUUGGGUAAGUAGUAAGUGUUAAAAUGUUAAAUACCUUUCAGUAGUUUACACCGUUUAUAUUAUCAUAUGUCACUUAUUUAUUUUCUAGUGUAUUACGACUUUAACUAAAAUUGUUUUGAUGGAGAAACAACCGUCGUUAUGUCAGAUAAUAAAAUUAUUUUUCAACUUCAAAGGGAAAUAAUGUAUGCAGUAUUUUCCACAAAUACAAUUGACUAUCCUCAUAGCCCGUAAUGUUUCAGCGGACUAAAAGGAAAAUAUUUAAAGUCUAGCGAUGUUACUCUAAGAAAAACGUAUAAAAUUGAGUUAAUAAUAUGGGAGAUAUAUAUAUUUUUACACUAUCCGUAAUUUGUCUCCAAAUUAUCAGUAGUUGCAUGCCCAAUAGGUUGAAAAAAUAAGUCCACAAUAAUGACGAGGAACUGACAACUUUAAUAUAUGGAUUACUGUUCAAGAUGAUGACUUAUGAUUAACCCAAGUGAUGUUGAGAGGCUGUAAAUGUGUAUGUAACAGAUAUAUUAGAGACCUGUUGAUUUACCAGGGAACUGAGAGAGAACGAGAUGUGGUAAUAUGUAACUCGUGUAUCUAAUGAACGACACUCAGUGCAACAUAGAAAUAGGGUACAGCAAAAUUUGAGGUCGACCUAAAUAAAAAUUUGUAGUUAAUAAGAAUAAUUGUAGAAAUAAAAUGAAUUUAUGGAAUACGUGAUUAAUAACAGAAAAUUAUUAGCAAAUAAAGUCUACAUUAAGUUCACGAAUAAAAAUUUAUUUCAACAAGUUAGCCUUUUUUUUCAUACUCACACCGUAAGUUCAGUUAUAUAAGUAGAAUUGCAUAAAUUCAUUUUAUUCCCUGGGUGAAGUCGGUUAGAAGUGAAUUGUUAUCAUCAUAGUGGAGCAAUGAUUUCAAUAGAAUUAUUAAGAUUGGAGAAGAAUUAUAAACAAAUAAAAUGUGGGUAAAACUAUUUUAUAACAUCAGACUAAUAACUAAAGAUCACAGAGCCAAAUAAAAAAUCUUGUAAAUUUUACGAAGUAGCUUAUAAGUAGGAAUAACAUAAGUUUUGAUCAGUCAUUUAAAAGUAGAGUAAUGAGUUUAGAACGACUGGAAAUAAUAUAGUCAAUAUAUGAGAAAAUGUUUUAAAAAUUACAUUAUGAAAUUAGCUUAAUAUUGUUAUGGUGCAGAAAGAUUUACUCGUUUUUCUUUUGGAAUAUGUUCUUGGAACCAAAUGUAGACUCUUCUUUCCGCUCGACCAGCGCGAUUGCAAGGGUAAAUAUGUGUAAAUUUAUGCACUUUGUUUGGGAUAUCAUAUAAGGGGUACCUGUCGAUCUUUAAUUGUGGUAAACAAUAUUUUGUUUGGUACAGGACAAUCAAUGUUCGCACUAAUUUUGUUGCUUGUCCCUACGAAGUUAUCACUUUUAAAUCUCAACAAAAUAAUUUCAUUUCGUUUAAUCCUUCCACACGCACUAAAUACAGUCAACCCAAUUUUCACUUCAUUAAUAUAUUAUCUUUCCUGCAUUACAACAAUCUCACAGGCAUUUGGGGCAGUUGAAGCUAUGUCUGAUCGUAUUUGUAUAAAAUCAAAAGGGAAGCAUAAGCCAUUUUUAAGUGCAGAAAAUCUGGUAUCUUGUUGUUCAUCCUGUGGAAUGGGUUGUAAUGGUGGUUUCCCACAUUCAGCAUGGUUAUAUUGGAAAAACCAAGGUAUAGUAACAGGUGAUUUAUAUAAUACAACAAACGGUUGUCAGCCCUAUGAAUUUCCACCGUGUGAACACCAUGUGGUCGGUCCAUUACCUUCAUGUGGUGAUGAUGUUGUAACACCUCCAUGUAAAACAACUUGCCAACCAGGAUAUAAUAUAUCAUAUGAGAAGGAUAAAUGGUAUGGUAAGUUGAACGAUUUAAACACUGAUUCACAGUAUACAUAUGUACAUAUGCAUGAUGCAUUUAUGGUUUUGAAACGUUAUAUAUUAUAAUAGUCACUUCAAUAAUGAAUCAUUAGUUACCUUGUUAUUAAACUCACAGAUAGAACUCGCUUCUAGAGUCAGAUCACUGACUAUACUAUUAUGAAAUGUGUGCAUAGAUAUUUUGAAAUAAUUUACCUCAUUCAGUAUAACUUUUAUAUUGUUAGCUCUGAGCAUUCUUUAGAUUCCGUUAAAUUAGGGAUUUCUAUAGUCUAUGAAUUAUCUUAGAGGUAAUAAGAUAUAAUUUAAACACUAAAGACAUAUAAAGCUAAAAGUGAUUCAUUAUUCCUGGAGUUUCAAUCUGAUAUAGUUGUAUAUGUUAAAAAAUGUAUGUCUGCAGAUUAUUAAGGCCACUUGUGAUUGAACUUCUUUUUCAAGUCACUCAAGAAUAAUAUCCUUCUAUGGUGAUGACAACCGGAAAGUGACAACUGCCUUCAUACACCUAUCACCAACCAGUAUCUUAAUGUUGACGACAGAAUGCUUCCCUUACCUUUUAACAAAUCUAUCAUCCCCACAACUAACCCUUCUCGUAUAUUUUUAUCACAAAAUGUUAUCUGUGGUCUCCUGAAAUCACACUCUAAACUACAUGUUAGAGCUUCUAAUUUUCGAACCUUGUAUUAUAAACGACAACAAGAUUCUUUAGUUAGGACUCUAGAAUCUCACACCUUCGACGUGUUGUGCGUCCGUGAAACAGGCAUACGGGACCUGAGUACAACCACUCAUUCGAUCUCAUCUUGUCAGCGGAAAGAACUUGCACGAUUUACCUGUCGAUUAUCUGGAGACCCCACCGCUACUUCCUAUGGCCUCGCUGGUGUAGGUAUAGUAUUCAGUUCUAAAGCAGAACAGGCUCUAUUACACAGGUACCCAGUGGGAAGUGCGCUGUUCAACUAAAGAAGACAGUAGAAACUCGAAAAUAUUAGGACACACGCCGUUGAUUUUUCGUUAUCUCUGCCUACGUUCCCCUUGAUUGCAGCUACAAUGAGGUUAAAAAUGAACUUUAUAGCAAGCUAUCAAACCUUAUCCUAAAAGCUAAACGCUUUGAUGUAAUAAAACUUGAGUUUUAUUUUAACGUUCAAGUCGGAAGACUGAACCAAACAGAAGGGCAAUUAGAUGAAUAUGACAGCGUUGUGUCUCAGUGAAUAGAUAAUUGCGACCAUUUACCUCUAUAAUGCUCGGACAACCGUCUGUUUCUAACAGACACCAACUUUGAACGUAAGGGGAAAUAUCAUCUGACGUAGCGACCUUCACAACCGACUCAUCGAUGGACCUUAAUUGAUCACAUCGUCGUUAGCCAUCGUAGUAGGCGCUCAACAGAACACUGUAGCUCAUUCUGAAACACGUCUGGACUCGGAUCACGCUCUAAUUUCAGCGUGAAUUUGUCUGCGUCUUACCAGAUAUAGAAAAGUCGCAGCACGGAAACUUGAUGGUGAAUAGGUUAAAAAUAUUUUUUAGGAACGCCUAGUGAAGUAGAUACUCAACCACUAAAGUGAUAUCCAAUCCUAGGUAUCUUUCUAUGACAUCCAGAAAGCUGUGGAAACAGCAGUGACAUCUACCAAUUACUUAGACAAAGGGGUUAGGAUGAACUAGUGGAUUCCAGAGGUGUCUACUGAACCGAUAGAUGGUCGGGAACUCAUCCUAUCUGGCUCCGAAUACGAUGACUGAAUGGAGGCAGCUUAAACGUAGGCCAAUAAAAAAGUCCUCUUAUUGUGGUCUGCGUGAUAAUCAUAACCGGUUGCUAAAGACUGAAUGACAUGGCUCAAAAUUGUUUACAUUGAUACAGUUGCAUUAAUUUUUUGUGUUCCUCCAAAUACUGAACUUCUGAUUUAGUGAUAAUUUUUUUCUUUCACUGAUUUAUAUUUUCUCGAAUUGUAUCUUUGAUACCUGAUGUUUUCUAUCACCACUCGAACUGUUAAUACUCCUACUAUUCCGGGAUUCGACCUGACAAUUUGCGAUAAUUAAAAGCCUUCAGACUAUUCUAUGAACUAGGAAUCCACGAGAUAAUGCAGUUUAAUUCAGGUCGAACUAUGUGGGCACAAACGAACGUAUUGUAUUUGGACCUCCAAACCAGGUGCACAUCGAGUACAAAAGAAUCACUAGUUCAUAUGAACACCACAAGAUUUCACCUCUCUGUGCUAGUGGGGUAUGGUGAUGUGAACCGGUGGAUAUACGUACAAGGUUCUACGUUGCGACUUACUGACUGACAUUACAGUUUGUUCCUCAAUUGUCUGAUAUGCAUAUUGUCGGAGACGAUUUAUAAUGACUUAGUUAUAAGUAAAGUGACUAAGUGGGUUACCAAAUGGAUCGAUAGUUUUCCACAGCCAGUGAUACAUGAGAUUUAAGGUUUUCACACAAGUGGUGGACAGGAAAGCUUCUUCCGAAAAUACGUAUAUAUUUCUUUUCAAUUUCAACAAACUUUGGUUUGGAAAAGAUCAGCCGAAAAAAUAUUGUGAAUGUAUGUUCAUAAGUAAUUUAAUUUUACGAAAUCAGUUCUCGCUGUACAUUGGUCAACAUUUCAUUUACAGGUGAAAAAGUCUAUCGCGUUCAUUCAAAUCCAGAAGCUAUCAUGCGAGAGCUAAUGCAAAAUGGACCAGUUGAAGUAGAUUUUGAAGUGUAUGCCGAUUUCCCAAAUUACAAAUCAGGUGUUUACCAACACGUUAGUGGAGCCCUACUUGGUGGACAUGCAGUGCGUUUACUUGGUUGGGGUGAAGAGAAUAAUGUACCCUACUGGUUAAUUGCUAAUUCAUGGAAUAGUGAUUGGGGGAUAAUGGUUAUUUUAAAAUAGUUCGUGGUAAAAAUGAAUGUGGGAUUGAAAAUGAUGUCAAUGCUGGAAUACCGAAAACAAAAUACUAGAGAUUUUGGUAAAAUAUUUUUAUUUGUAUAUCUGCAUGUCUGCAAGUAAAUUGGCUUCUGUAAUUCAUUAUUAUCAUCAUCAUGAAUACAAUAUUUACUUGGAAACUGAGGAAAACAUGAAUAAUAAUUAAAACUGGACAAUCUUCUCAGUAUUUUAUUUAAAAAUGUAGUAGCCAUUUCGAAUAUUAAGUAUUUUUUCUCAAUAUUUCAAAUAUUAUUUAUAAAUAUACCCCUAAACACAAAGAA